AAUAGAAAGUUCCACACAUAAAAGAAUAGUCUUACUUAUUAUUUUUCCAUAUAGAUUAAGCUAAUUACAAGAUUAUAUUUUUUCAAGUGUAGUUUUAAUGGGAAGAGAAAUAGUGAAAGCAGAAUCAGUUGAGGAAACAAACUUCAACUGGUCAUCAGCAUCAUCAGAUUCAUCAUCCACAACAUCUUCUUAUGAUGAAGAAAACAGAAUGCCUUUGUUAGCGUUGAAUCAUGUUUCUUAUGUCUGCAAAUCUGUUCCUAAAUCUGCCCAAUUUUAUGAACAAGUCCUCGGUUUCGUACUAAUCAAACGUCCAUCCUCCUUUGAUUUUGAUGGUGCUUGGUUAUUCAACCAUGGAAUUGGAAUUCAUUUGUUAGGAAAAGAAGAUGUGCAAUCAAAAAGGGGAAAAAUUAACCCAAAAGAUAAUCACAUUUCAUUUCAAUGUACAGAUAUGGAUCUUAUUAUUCAGAGAUUGAAUGAUAUGAAUGUUGAAUAUGUAACUGCUACUGUUAAAGAAGGUGGAGUUACAGUAGAUCAACUCUUUUUUCAUGACCCAGAUGGCAAUAUGAUUGAAAUUUGCAAUUGUCAGAAUUUACCUGUUCUUCCACUUUCUUCUUGCCCACUCAAAAAAAUGUCAAGUCCAACUUUCAACCAAACAAUGUCAGAUUCCUUUUAUGGAAAUGGAAAAACAAAUACAAAGAUGAAUUGUUCAGGAGAAGUUGAAUCUCUUAUGAUGGAAAAUUUGGCUUUGGAUAUGAUGGACAUUUCUUUUUGAGUGAUCCAUGUGGAAGAAAAAGAAAAGUGAAUUUUGCUCAUCAUUAUUAGCUCUUUUAUUUUUUUUACCAACCCAAAUAUAACAUAAAAAAUCCUUUUUUUGUAAUAUUGUUAUUAUUAUGUAUUAGUAGUAUGUGUAGAGAGGUGUGAUGAAGAGCAUAUAUUAUUAUAAAUAUAAUGUAAUAUUAUUGUACUCCAGAAUUGAGAUUUAUGUUAAUGCAUGAUUGUUGCUACCCAUGUCAAAAAAUAAAUGAUACAAGGCAUGUUAUGUGUUCUAAAAA